GAGAUACAGUCCUGUAUCAAUAAUUCAUACCCUAAGUGACAGAACAGAAACAAGGUGAAGCGCGUCUGCUUUUUUAGGGAGUUUGAUUGGUUUAAUGAAAGCCCAACCCAGCCGACUGAUUGGUCGAGAUCAUCGCCACACUCCUCCCAACCACCAAAGACUAAAAUGACUUGGGUAAAUAAUAUCACUGCACUCUUCACUCGCGCUCACACUUCAUCUGCUGCGCUCGUUCUCGUGCGUUACAUGCGCAAAGUACAACUUUAAAGGAAAUUCAACUCCAAAAGAGGACCAUUCUUUCCGCGCAAGUCGGCAGACACGCAGUUCUGUGGAUUUUUUGGUGGUUUCCCAUUUGAAGAUAACGUUGGUAGAACUUUAAAGAACAUACAAGAACAAAAUAACAAUACAGUUGGACACUUCUGUAUCAUCUGUUGUCUUAGAUAUCCGGGUUUCGAUCGUCGGUUUUAAGAAAGAGAGCUGCUGACUUUACGCAAAGGACAUUGGUGACUGCGGACUGCGGUGCAAACCCGAAGAGACGCGCAUCCACUUAUUCCGUGGACUUGAUGAACUAGUAGACUAUCAGCACGCAAGCAAGCCAGUCACCUGGAUAGCGAUUUUUAACAACAGUAGCCAACUGGGACUUGCAGCACUGGCAACAACUAGCCAGUUAUUUUCUUCCGGAUAUUAAUAAUUUGUAUAACUCGCUCAUUCGAAAUCAGGGAUCGAGUUAUUGGGUUAAUAUACCUCCUAGGGUGCUCUUACAGUCACAUCGUGUUUUGAAGUCAAGAAAAACGGCACAUUAAUGUGUCGAUAGGUCAAUUCACCGCACCACCUCUUGAGAGACUUUGGAGUGCGCCUGGGUUCCAGGUCUGUUGAGUGAAACUGAAAACAACCCAUGUUUUCGGGGUGAUACGUUUCACAUGGUCGACCAAUGUAACCGGGCUUUCUUUUUAUUUUAGAAAAAAAUCUUUUACUUUGGUGUGUGGUCUCAUCCAGCGAAGGCUGUGCGCCUCCCGCGUCUCCCGUCCACCCUGCGCUCCACCACUGGACUCGGCUGAGGCCAGUCACUCAUCCCUGAAAAGCGGGAAAAGAAAGCUGCGUUUGUCAUACCAAGCGUUCCGCGUCCUCUCCUCUGACCCAACAACGUCUGCCUUUGGACUUGACUCCCGGUUGUUGUGAUGAUUCUUCCCGUAGACAACAUGCCUACCAGACGGUUUACACCGCCCUCCACGUCCUUCCCCUGCAGCAAGAUCGGAGAGGGCAACGGGACAAUGUCCAACCCGGGCCCGCUCCGGUCGCGACCGGACACCCGGAAUGUAGCGGACGUGUUGGCGGACCAUGCCGGGGAGCUGGUCCGCACGGACAGCCCCAACUUCCUGUGCUCCGUGCUGCCCUCACACUGGAGGUGCAACAAGACGCUGCCGGUGGCCUUCAAGGUGGUCGCGCUGGGUGACGUCCCCGACGGCACGCUGGUCACGGUGAUGGCCGGGAACGACGAGAACUACUCGGCCGAGCUGCGCAACGCCUCCGCGGUCAUGAAGAACCAGGUGGCACGCUUCAACGACCUGCGCUUCGUGGGCAGGAGCGGGCGAGGAAAGAGUUUCACCCUGACCAUAACCGUUUUCACGGGCCCUCCCCAAGUGGCCACUUACCACCGCGCCAUCAAAGUCACCGUGGACGGGCCAAGGGAGCCACGCAGUAAGUUCACACUACACACAGUACACGCUGGGCCUACACACAACACAAACGGGCAUACAAACACAGACCUGGCACACAUGCGUUGAUUUGAAUGAUGAUUGAGUACAAUAAUGCCACUGUUCGAUGCUCUAUAUUGGUAGUAUUGCAAAAAAAAAAGUGUCUAUGUCUAUCUGAGGCAGGGUACUGUAGAUGAAUGGCCUAUAAAUAAGUACAGUCAUCGUUCUGAAACAGUUGACGUCAUCAUGGAGACAUCGCCCCCCACCCCAUCCCCCAACCUGACACCCAAUUUAAAAAGAAACUAUGAUGUCAAAUCUCUGUAAAUAUAGCACUGGACCUUUGUGUCUGUGUGUGAGUAUUUGUGUGCGCACAAGCGGGUGCAUGUGUGUUGUGCUGCGUGAGUGUUUGUGUAUUUGUGUGCUCCCAUGGCAAGAGCUUGGUGGGAUCAUCAACAAACCAGUCUGUCUGUGUUUAUGUUGCAGCGCGCACACUCGUGUACAUGGGUGUGUGUGUGUGUGUGUGUGUAUCUCUCCAAGCACGCCGGCUGGGGGCCCCGUUAGGGCGUCCUCCGGUCCCCAGGUGUGUUAACAGCGAACGACGCGUUCCUAUUGGUCUGAGGGGAGCCAGGCGGCGCUCCUCUGGGAGCCGCAGCCGGCCCCCGCUCGCCGACCCCUCCCCCCUCCCUCUUAUACCUGGCCCACCGCAUAAGUGGCUGGUUGACUGAGCGCGGGGGGGCCAGGGCCCUGGCCCCUGUUAACCCUGCAGCGAGAGGCCCCGGUACAUCGCAGGCUGUUAGCCCCGCCGCUUAGCCGCAGCUGCAUACUAAUGUGGUCUAAUGCUGCUGGUGCACACGUAGAGGGAGAGAGAGGGAGAGAGAGAGAGAGAGUAGGGUUACUCCAAUGAAUCGCUCGCCGAGGGCUGCUGGCCUGUGUGUGUGUCUGUUGUGUGCGAGCACAUGUGUGUGUGUGUGUGCGUGUGUGUGUGUGUGUGUGUGUGUGUGUGUGUGUGUGUGUGUGUGUCGCGCAUGUGUGUGUGUGUGUGCGUUUGUGUGCGUGCGUGUCCCUGUGUGCCUUUCCUGCCGCCACACAUUUGCGUGCGUUUAAAAAAAAAGUAUUUUUUUGUACUUGAGCCUUGGAUAGACGAGGUUGGGUAGGAUUUCAUGAUCAUUCCUGCGGCUAUCUAUCGUGUUUAUAAUGGUUCCACAGGACUGCAGAUAGCUUUGCCUUGCGCUCAUGUCUGCGGCGCCGCCUAUUUGGGACGUGGGGCGGAUUUAGCCCCAGUCAAAACAGCUCAUCAUCCGAAGGGCCAUGUGUUAGGCAUAUGCAGUAUCUAUAUGUGUGUGUUGGUGUGUGUCGGUGUUUGUGUGUGUGUG